AUGAGCCCCAAUUUUUCGAACGAAUAUCAUCCGGUUGUAGCUCAACAUAUUCGUACAUGGGGAGAACUGGAGACCAGAAUUGCAGAUGAACCGAGGUACUCGCCGGGGUUCCAAUCAUUGCUCAGGCAGUAUUACACCGCCCGUUAUAAGGCCAAAAGAAUGACGGAACUAGACAGGCAGUCCAGGGGUGGAUCGCUUAGUGUUCAAGCGAGGGAUGAGUAUUUUCAGUUGCUGAAUACGCCAGGGCCGUUUGAUAUGCCGAUUUCUUCGGGCUCUGGGAGUGGAAGUAGUGGAAAUGGCCGCAAUGAAAGUAGUAGCAGCAGUGGAGGUAAUAGCAGUGCAAUUGGAGGUGUUGGAGGAAGUAGCGUUGGUGGUAGUAGUGGCGCUGGAACAUCUCGCAAUCAAGGCAAUAAUAUGUCUCACCAACCACCUUCAUCGACAUCAACAUCUACAGCUGCAGGGGAACACCGGUCAACAUUGGGUACUGGUAUCUUUACGGGUGUAGCCGCUAGGUCGACAUCGGCGACAUCCCAAGUAUCUCCCCCCCGUUCAUCGCACAGACGUCGAGGAAGCACACCUGUCGACAGUAUGCCGACUACUCGUAUUAAUUCACAACCCGAAAAUGCUAGUCGACCGGCGCCUGCUAUCGAUAGAGAACGCGAACGUGAUCGUGAUCGUGAAACAGGCCGUAUCACUGCCGGUACGUCUCCUUACGCUGCUGCUGCUGCUGCUGCUACCGCUUCGAAUCAGGUGGACCGGUAUCCAACUUUGGGUCCUCCUACCCCGCGUCAUAGUUCUACUACUCCUGCUAUUGGUACUAGUUCUGCAGCUGCUGCUAGUUCAUCUCCCUCUUCCUCUGCUAGUCCUCAUUCCAUUCCUCCUCCCUCUCCUUUUUUCCCCCCACAAACUUAUCAUGCGCCUCCCAAUGAGAUUCCUGAAAUCUCAGACUAUCAUCACUCUCAUUCUUACAAUCCUGCCUCGAAUCCAACUGUAACUUCUUUUGUUCAUUCUCGUCGGAUUCGUCCAAAUCGAGAUCGCCGACGUCGUCGGAUUUCUUCUGUAACGCCAGAUAUUGAAACAGAGCGUUCUGCAGCAGAUCGUCGUCGUCAACUCCGCGAGAGGAAUGAAUCCGAGUGGGAGAACCAGCGACCACUAUCUAUCAGCUCUCCAGGUGGCUCCAAUACAAAUAGGACUAGUGUCGACAGCACAGUUGUUGACGCUGUCAUGAGCGAUCUCCCCAGCAGCCAAAAUUCAGACACGUCGAAUCGGAGCAGCAAUUCUGCAAGCGAGCCUGGGAGACCCUCUGAAAACGAGCCAUCUGUACAUAAUCCCCUCCGACAUCGACCUUAUUUCAAUAUUCCACCAACCAGCGAGCCCUGGAACACCUCGCAGCUUCCUGGAGAGUCUAGCCGAAAUCAGCUAAAUGACCCAUCAGUUACAACUCCAUAUAGACGCGACGGUUCCAGCAACCCUUCAGCUAGCACACCUCAAAACACGAUGUCUGGAUCGCCUAUCACGAGCAUCGCUCCAUUCGUUUUCCCAGCAAACAGGCGAACCUUGCGCCCUACCUUAUUAGACCAAACUACGAGCUCUCCUACUCAAAGUCCGCCCGAAUCAUCGAUGGCUAGAAAUGGCUUGACAUCGCCAGCAAACAGGCUACCGCCUAACUUCCUGCCUAGCUUGCCCCAUCUUCCAGCCCCCAGGUUCUCUCCGCCUAGAACACUGACACGACCUCGAGGUGGCUCUAUCUCCAACAAUAGUAACAAUAAUACUAAUACGAACCAUAACCGUCAAAACUCGAAUGGGAGUGAUGGAUUCCCAGCUAGAAGAAGGGAAAGAAUUAACCCAUCAGCUCAACCUCUGGGUGGGAGGACAGAUGCUGAAAGAGAGGAUUACGAAAGCCCUACUCGCAGUGUGUUCACUGAGCUUGUCGAAACCAAUCGACAAGCCGAAAUAACACGUCGUCGUUUCAGGGAACUAGAAGCAGAGCAGCGAGAGCUCUUGAGGUCUCCACCGAUGCCUGGGAGCGACGGGGACAGCAUGAGGCGACUCCAAGAACAUCGGCAACAGCGCAAUUAUGAACUUCUCCAACGCGCCAACCUCCAGCGUCAGAUGCAGCAGAACCAAGUUGACCUCCCUGGUGGCUCUCGGCCUCAACCUGUUGGGCCCCAGGGAUGGUACGCCAACUGGCCGGGCGCUAGCCAAUCGGCAUCCAAUGGCAACAACGCCCAUGCGCGCUCGCCGGACCAUGCAUCAGCCCUUUCGUUUACCGUGGUGGCAGAGGAUGAGCCAUCAUCUGCUUCCGAAGCCGAUUAUGAAGACCUUAUACCCCUCGACAAUGCUUUAAACGACGACGAACAAUUGUUUGCUACACUUGUCGGCGGCUACCUAUCAGGGGUACCGCAUGAAAGUGUCAAUCGUCGACGUGCCCGCCUCCGUGGCCAAUUAGGCCUUUCCCCUGAUGACGUCGGGCACCUACCAGGCUCUCAGCCGUCUAAUAGGGCCCCUGAAAAUGAUAUGCGUGAACGGUUUCCCUCCAGGGCGGAUAGGGCCCGCCGUAUGCGUGACCGCGAUAUCGAGACGCGGUACCGUCAUAAUGAAGCGAUUCGUGACAUUGCGAACUUGGUAACCGGCGCCAGGGAAAGUGGUGUUAUGGGCUUCCCUCAUCGAUGGAGCCGUGAAAGUGGAUCAGGGAGCAACUCGAAUGGUAGAAACACCAACAACAACAGCUCCCAGACUACUAGAACUCUGGACAACCCCGAAAGACCUGACAAUAUGAAAGAAGAAGAUCUGAAGAUCAUGGUCGAUUGUAAAGUUUGUUAUGGGCAGAUUGCUGACAUGGUUCUCCUUCCAUGCGCCCAUCUUGUCCUUUGUCAAUGGUGUGCUGAUACCGUUGCACCAGCUGCUCCAAACCGCCCUGAAGGCAUGGUCGCUCCACGCAGCAACUGUCCUGUCUGUCGUGCUCGUGUUGAACGAAAGAUCAAAGUCUUCCGCUGUUAG